AUGUCUCAGAAAAGGGGUGUCUGCAAGAGGGUGGAUAUCGAUAAAAUCGAAGUUAUAUGGCUCUUAUGGUUAAUCCAAGUACAACUCUCAUAUUCUACUGUGACCCCUUCUCGUUUACUGUUUGCCGUGUUUGCUUUGCACAGCCCUUCCCAGCAAUAUCACGGCUCCCUUGCACUGGCCUAUUCUAAAGAUAAUGAUGAUAUUAAUACUGACGUAGAUGUUAAAACAGAAGAUGUGAGUGUAACGUGUCAGCUGGAAGCUCCAAUGCAGGAAAUGUGUGACAGUGACAAUGCAGAUGAUGAUGAUAUUAAUACUGACGUAGAUGUUAAAACAGAAGAUGUGAGUGUAACGUGUCAGCUGGAAGCUCCAAUGCAGGAAAUGUGUGACAGUGACAAUGCAGGUGUAAAUGAUGCUAAGAUUUCAUGUAACACUAAACAAACUGAAGAUCAGUGGCUAAGAAAUAUGCCAGGAGCUGCAGAACAGGAAAUAUGUGCCAAUAUAAGCACAGGUGAAUUCACAAACUGCAAUAAUCCUAGUCAUGAUCAGAGUUCAGAUGCUUCUUUACUUCUGCAAAAUCAAAGAAGCCACAUGGGAAAUUUACAUCUUUGUAAACAUCUAAAUAUUCAUAUAGGAGAAAAGCCAUUUUCCUGUCCUAUAUGUGGGAAAUUUUUUAACCAUAAAAAAAAUCUUGUUGCUCAUUGCAAAAUACAUAGAACAAAAAAAGGAUUUUUAUGUUCUGACUGUGGAAAAUGUUUUACUCAGAAAUCAACUCUUAUUACGCAUCAGAAAAUUCAUACUGGGGAGAAAGCAUUUUCAUGUUCUGAAUGUGGAAAAUGUUUUACUCUGAAAUCACAUCUUCUUAGCCAUCAGAAAGUUCAUACAGGGGAGAAACCAUUUUCAUGUUCUGACUGUGGGAAAUGUUUUACUCUGAAAUCAAAUCUUAUGACGCAUCAGAAAACUCAUACUGGGGAGAAAGCAUUUUCAUGUUCUGACUGUGGAAAAUGUUUUACCCGGAAAAUUACUCUUAUUAAGCAUCUGAAAAUUCAUACUGGUGAGAAAGCAUUUUCAUGUUCUGACUGUGGGAAAUGUUUUACUCUGAAAUCAACUCUUCUUAGCCAUCAGAAAAUUCAUACAGGAGAAAAAGCAUUUUCAUGUUCUGACUGUGGGAAAUGUUUUACUCAGAAAUCAAAUCUUAUGACGCAUCAGAAAACUCAUACUGGGGAGAAAGCAUUUUCAUGUUCUGACUGUGGGAAAUGUUUUACUCUGAAAUCAAAUCUUAGUAGGCAUCAGAAAAUUCAUACAGGAGAGAAAGCAUUUUCAUGUUCUGACUGUGGGAAAUGUUUUACUCAGAAAUCAACUCUUCUUAGCCAUCAGAAAAUUCAUACGGGCGAGAAAGGAUUUUCAUGUUCUGACUGUGGGAAAUGUUUUGCUCUGAAAUCAAAUCUUAUUAGCCAUCAGAAAAUUCAUACA